AGGGUUCUCCUUGGUUGACCAUGUCCCACAUCAUUGCCAACCUCAAUGGCUCUAUACCCUCCGUUACAGAUGCAUGGUCUGGUUAUAUCACUCAUGCUCAAGAAGCCUCGACAACAAAGCUCCUCCUCGUCGCUGGUGCAAUAGUUCCAGUUUUCGCAAUCGUCCUACACGUCCUCGCUCAAUUGGUAUUGCCAAGAAGGAAAUCAGACCCUCCAGUCGUAUUCCAUUGGUUCCCCAUUGUUGGUUCAGCAAUCUCUUACGGAAAUGAUCCCGUCAACUUUUUUUUGCGAUGCAGAGAGAAGUACGGGAAUGUAUUUACAUUUGUUCUUUUCGGACGCCGCGUCACGGUCGCCCUAGGAGCACAAGGCAACAAUUUCGUGUUGGGAGGCAAACCAACCGUAUUCAGUGCAGAGGAGGCUUACACGCAUUUGACCACGCCGGUAUUUGGGAAAGACGUCGUUUAUGAUGUCCCGAACGAAAAAUUAAUGGAACAGAAGAAGUUUGUCAAAGUCGGUUUAUCCACGGAGAACAUGCGCAUGUACGUGGGCAUGAUCGAGGAAGAAGUUGAAGAAUUCGUCAAAAACGAUCCAUCAUUCGCGGUUUAUCAGAAAGGCGACACGAGCAACGAAUGGGGUUCUUUUGACGCUGUUGAUAUCUUACAGGAGAUCACCAUUUUGACGGCGUCGAGAACACUUCAGGGAAGGGAAGUCAGAGGAAACCUCGACAAGACUUUCGCGCAACUGUACACCGACCUCGACGGCGGGUUCACUCCCAUAAACUUCCUUUUCCCCAAUCUACCUCUAGAGAACUACCGUAAACGGGACGUCGCUCAGGCCAAAAUGAGUGAAUUCUACCAGAACUUUAUUAGGAAACGUCGUCAAGGCCAAAUCGAACACGAUCACGACAUGAUGGACGCACUGAUGUCACAGCGAUAUAGAAAUGGAAAUCAGCUUAAAGACCAUGAAGUGGCACAUAUGAUGAUCGCCCUUCUAAUGGCAGGACAACAUACCAGUUCUGCAACUGGGUCAUGGGCUCUUCUCCAUCUUGCCGCUAACCCCGACAUCGCCGAUGCUCUCUAUCAGGAACAAGUGAAGCACUUUUCAACACCUGAUGGGACAUUAAGAUCUAUGUCUUGGGAAGAACUUCGCGAGCUGCCGUUGUUGGAUGCUGUUAUCCGCGAAACCCUUCGUUGCCACCCUCCCAUCCAUAGUAUCAUGAGAUAUGUCCGAGAAGAUGUCCCUGUCCCUGGUACUCUUGGUGCCCCUUCAGAAGAUUCGGCUUACGUUGUUCCGAAAGGCCACUACGUUCUUGCCUCCCCAAGCGUCAGCCAAAUGGACCCGCUCGUCUGGAAAGAUGCUCAAAAAUGGGAUCCCUAUCGUUGGUCUGACCCUGAAGGUGUUGCAGCUCAGGCGCUCAAGGUCUAUGUUGACGAAGGUGGUGAAAAGAUAGAUUACGGGUUCGGCGCAGUCAGCAAAGGAACGGAAAGUCCAUACCAGCCAUUCGGAGCCGGUCGUCAUAGGUGUAUUGGAGAACAAGUGAGUAUCUAUUCCCAACGCCUGCGAUAUCGAUACCCAACUAUCCCUAGUUUGCCUAUCUUCAGCUGGGCACCGUUCUUGCGACUGUGAUCCGAAUCUUGGAGUUCCGGAUUCCUUCUGGUGUACCCUCGAGUAAUUACCAUACCAUGAUCACGAUGCCCAAAGAGCCUAGACGGAUACAGUAUCGAAAGCGGAGAACUAACUGACAUGGUUCAAAGAGACUUUUAUCUGUGAAGAUUAGACGAAGUUACAGUAUAUAGUAUGAUAAUACGACGAUAUAUAGAUCAGUCAAUGUCAAUGAAUUCAGUCUGCCUC